CCUGUCAUGAUGAACUGCUGUGCCUUUUAUCUUCUCUUGGGUUUACUGUUUGUUCUUGGCCAUUGUGUUUUCCCUCCUGGCUCUUGUGAUGGAUACACAAACAUAACUGACGCAUGGCGCAACUCAAGACUUUGGUCAAGUGACUUUUCUGGUUACCCAAACAAUGAUGUACAUCUUAUCGGCAAUUGGUGGCGCUUCACAGGGAUUGGUGGAGACAGAAUAGUUUCACCAUGCUUAGGAGGCCCUAGGGGUGGAACCCGCUAUGUGAUUCAUUUGUCAUCGUUAGUAUAUCCACUAAUUGAAUCUUUAAUUCCAACCAGAGCAACUGCAUAUGGUGCUGCGGAAUUCUGUGACUCUUAUCCUAUUACAAUGAAUGUGGUCCUGUGUCCUGGAGGAUUCUACAUAUACAAGCCAGAAAAUCACCCAUAUAACCCUUUGGGUUAUGUAACAUACCAUUAUAGUUGUACAUCAGACUCCUGUGGACCACUUGCUGUGUGUGAAAGUGAUGGAGGCUGUAGAUGUGUUACAGGAUUUAGAAUCCCUGCAGGAUACAAACCCACUCCAACAUCAUAUGGUUGUGUUGACAUUGAUGAGUGCGUGAGUACUCCAACGAUUUGUGGUCCUUAUUCCACUUGUGCUAACACGAAUGGAUCAUACAGCUGUACGUGUCUGGAUGGAUUCACCGCAGCGGUUUCAACAUCACCAAUUGGAAAUUCCAACCAAUGCAUAGAUAAUGAUGAAUGUCUUGAUGAUGUCUGUGGUGAUCAUGCGACCUGCCUCAACAACCCAGGAAGUUUUGUGUGUAAAUGCCUUUCAGGCUACAGCUUUGGACCCAAUACAACUUUUAUUUGCGAAGAUAUCGACGAGUGCUUGAAUGACACCAUUUGUGGCCCUGUUUCUGUUUGCACCAACACACCAGGAUCUCACAUCUGUGAAUGUCAAGUUGGGUUUGCACCAACUAAACCAGACCUGGAACCCAAUGCGACCAACAUUUGUAUCGAUGUUGAUGAGUGUGAAAAUGCCACUAUCUGUGGUCCUUAUUCCAACUGCACAAAUACAAUCGGAUCUUACAGCUGCCCCUGCUUCCCUGGUUAUGAGCCAUAUAACACAGCCAUGAUAGCCAGUGUUGCUAACCCAUGUACAGAUAUAAAUGAAUGCAAUAAGACACUUAAUAUAUGUGGUAAAAAUUCUGUGUGUACUAACGGACCAGCGACCUUCUAUUGCUCUUGUCCUGACGGAUUCUUCCCUUCAACUGGAAUUAUGUGGACGUUAGGGGUCUCAGUUUGUCAAAGUCUUCAGGAUAUUUUAGAUGCACUAACCCCAGCUGAGGGACAGACGAAAGAGAGAGCUUUUCUUGAAUACCUGAACCAGCAACUGAAAGACAAUCCAGGUGUAAUCUUACCAGAGCCAACUGUGGUAAACAGCUUCUCAGCAUGUAUGGAAGUGGCAGGUGUUGGACCACAGGCCAGGUCCAUCAAGGUGAGUAGUGAAGGAGAUGGGGACACGGGCAGUGUGAUCCUGGGUAUCUCAGGUCGUUUAGUGUCUGCAAUUGUGCAGCCAGGUCAGAACAAAACCAAGAAAACUGUGAAGAGUCCGAUACUGGAUUUAAGUGUUGAAACUACUGGGCCUUUAAGCAACAAUGCAGAGAGCUCUCCCCUCUCAGCCAAAGGAAACAUCAUGGAGAUUAAUCUGGAAAGCCUGGCCAAAAAUAACAAUGGUACUGCAGCGGCUGCAUUCAUGACACUAGAUGGGAUGGAGAGUCUUCUUAGUCAUCAAUACUUUGAAACAGAAAACAUGACAGAGAUGUACUCAGAUGUCAUCACUGCAACCUUACCAUCAAUGAAAAACACCAACCUCACCGAGCCUGUCAACUUUACCAUCUAUCACAAGAAGAGUUCACCUGAAUCUAGUUUAGCAACCUGUGUGUACUGGGAGGACAAAUCAGAGGAGACAGGAAUGGAAGAAGGAAGUGGAAAAGGAGGAGAAAAGACCAAGACCAUGCGUUGGUCACUCGAGGGCUGUUGGGUUGCAUACACAAAUGAAAAUUACACAGUGUGUAGCUGCUCUCAUCUCUCCACAUUUGCCCUCAUCAUGCAGAUUGGGGAGCCUCCACCAGAGGAUCCUUUCCUAGAGUGGCUAAACCGAAUGUGUGUGAUUGUUGGGUUAUUCUUCUUUGCAUUGGCCAUCCUCACCUUCCUCCUGUGUAGCUGGAACCCCAAGAUCAACAACACAGCCCGUCUUCACAUGUGCAUCAGCCUCUCCUUAACUCAUCUACUGCUGCUGUGGAAUGACAGAUAUGUCGAACGGGAGCUGGCCUGCACUGUCAUGGCGGGCCUUCUCCACUUCUUAGUUGUUGCAAGUUUUGUGUGGAUGCUGAUGGAGGCACUACAGCUUUACCUGUUGGUCCGAAGGCUCUCCAAGGUGCAGGUCAUCCAGAGAGACGGCCUCCCCAGGCCUCUUCUUUACCUGAUUGGUUAUGGCGUUCCAUUUGUGAUUGUGGGUACUUCUGCAUUGGUGUAUUCUGAUGGAUAUGGUGCCACUGAGGCAGAGGUAUGCUGGCUCUCUAGGCAACGCAAUUUCAACUGGGCUUUAACAGGCCCAGUGAUUGCUGUCCUUGGGCUUAAUUGGAUUUUGUUCUGUGCAACUCUAUGGAGUCUGAGACCCACCUUGGCCAACAUGAAAAGUGACGUUUCUCAAUCCAAAGACACCAGGUUGAUUGUGUUCAAGAUCGUGGCCCAGUUCGUCAUACUUGGCUGUACCUGGAUUCUGGGCCUGUACCAGACAAAUCUUUUCUUUCAAGUCCUCUUCAUAAUUCUUAACUCCCAGCAGGGCACCUUCCUCUUCAUUGUCCACUGUGUGCUCAAUAAGGAGAUCAUUAUGAGUGUAAGCCAGACUCCUGUGGACCACUUGCACAGUGUUCAACUAGUGGAGACUGUACUUGUGUUCCUGGAUAUUGAUGAGUGUUUCAACUCAACUGUCUGUGGUCCUGAUUCUAUUUGCACCAAUACGCCUGGGGCUCAUACCUGUGAAUGUCAACUGGGUUACACACCAACUCAACCAGAUGAGGAACCCAGCGAGACCAACAUCUGUAUUGACGUCGAUGAGUGUAUCGAAGAUGUCACUGUCUGUGGGCCUGAUUCCAACUGCACAAAUUCAAUUGGAUCUUACAUUUGCACCUGCUUUCCUGGUUAUAGGCUGAACAAGCCAGACGUGAUAGCCAGCGUUGCUAACCCAUGCACAGAUAUAGAUGAGUGCAGUGAGACACCCGGUAUUCGAGAUAUCCUAGAUGAAAUAGUACCUCCAGAGGGUCAGACAAAAGAAAGGGCUUUUCUUGGCAACAUGGAUCAACAACUUAUGAACAACACAGGCAUUGUCUUACCAGAAGCGGAAGUUUCAGGUGUUGGACCACAGACCAGGUCAAGCAGGGUAAGUAGUGAAGGAGACGGAGAGACUGGCAGUGUGAUCCUGGGCAUUUCGGACCGUCUUGUUGCUGCGAUGGUGCCAACAACUCCAACUCAGAACCAAACUAAAAAAGCAAUGAAGACUUCAACAGUGGAUUUGAGCCUAAAGACCAUUGGUCCAGGGAGUGAUGACGACUACAGUGCCCCCCUUACUGCCAAAGGACAGACUAUGGAAAUCAACCUGCGAGCUCUAGCCAGCGCCAACAAUGGUUCUGCAGCAGCUGCCUUCCUAACUCUGAAUGGGAUGGAGAGUCUUCUUAGUCAUCAGUACUUUAAAACAGAAAACAAGACUGAGAUGAACUCGGAUGUUUUUACUGCAGUCUUACCGACAUUAAACAACACCAACCUCACCGAGCCUGUCAACUUUACCAUCCAGCAUAAGAAGAAAGUACCUGAAUCUGGAAUGGUGACUUGUGUGUACUGGGAAGACAAAACCAAAGAAAAGGAGCAGAAUGAUGAGGGAGGAGAAGAGGAAGAGACAAUGCGUUGGUCAGUAGAGGGCUGUUGGGUUGCAUACACUGAUGAAAACUACACAGUUUGCAGCUGCUCUCACCUUUCGACCUUUGCCCUCAUCAUGCAGAUUGGAGAGCCUCCACCAGAGGAUCCUUUCCUAGAGUGGCUAAACCGAAUGUGUGUGAUUGUCGGGUUAUUCUUCUUUGCGAUGGCCAUCCUCACCUUCCUCCUGUGUAGCUGGAACCCCAAGAUCAACAACACAGCCCGUCUUCACAUGUGCCUUAAUCUCUCCUUAUCUCAUCUACUGCUGCUGUGGAAUGACAGAUAUGUCGAACAAGAGCUGGCCUGCACUGUCAUGGCGGGCCUUCUCCACUUCUUAGUUGUUGCAAGUUUUGUGUGGAUGCUGCUGGAGGCACUACAGCUUCACCUGUUGGUCCGAAGGCUCUCCAAGGUGCAGGUCAUCCAGAGAGACGGCCUCCCCAGGCCACUUCUUUACCUGAUUGGCUAUGGCGUUCCAUUUGUGAUUGUGGGUACUUCAGCACUGGUAUAUUCUAAAGGAUAUGGUGCUACUGAAGCAGAGGUGUGCUGGCUCUCUAGACAACGCAAUUUCAACUGGGCUUUAACAGGCCCUGUCAUUGUUAUCCUCGGACUGAACUGGAUUUUGUUCUGUGCAACUCUGUGGAGUCUGAGACCCACCUUGGCCAACAUGAAAAGUGAUGUUUCCCAAUCUAAAGACACCAGGUUGAUCCUGUUCAAGAUCGUGGCCCAGUUUGUCAUACUUGGCUGUACCUGGAUUUUAGGCCUGUACCAGACAAAUCUUUUCUUUCAGGUCCUCUUCAUAAUUUUAAACUCCCAGCAGGGCACCUUCCUCUUCAUCGUCCACUGUGUGCUCAACAAAGAGGUAGAUUCUUUAUCCAGACGAUUCCACCGUCAUUAA